CUCUCUCUCUCUCUCUCUCUCCUCUCUUUUCCCCUCCCCCUUUCCCUCUCCUUCCGCCGCCCCCUCUCUCUUCUUUUUUCCGGCGGCCUCGUCACUGCCUAUAUGACACGAGGAGAAUCUAAUGGAGGUAGGGAUCAUAGAGCUACUACACCAUCAUCCACCCCACCAUCUACUCCACCUUCUCCUGAAACUCGAGAGUUACCUUCCUCAUCCCCAACUCUACCCCAUUUUCAUGUGAAGACGGGAAACACAUGUAUAAAUCCAUCACCAUCACUUACAAUAUCCUCAUCAACAACAGCAACACCACCCCCAUCUGCAUCAGUGCCUAAAGUUGCAUCUGAUAAUGUCAAUUCAAUGACAAGUUCAUCUGAUUUCAUUACUCCGGAGUCUAUUGCGAAUAAUGAUGUUCAGAAGGUCAUUAAGGACAUUAUUGCAGGCUACUAUCCAGGGGCAUGGCCUUGUUUAAAAAAAGUUCCACAAGAGACUAAGGACUUGUGGUUUCAAAAAUUUAGCACAUACUACACGUGGAAUCCAAUGGAUGCAUUCCAAAUCCGCAAGAAUUUCUAUUUUAGAGCUGGGAAAUGGCUCAGGGAGGUGAUGGGACGAUGUAGGAGAUUAAAGAAGAAAACUGAUUGGAUGUCCAAGGAAGUUUGGGAGGGGCUGCAGUGUGAGUGGGCUGAUGAGAAAUUUCAAGCCAUCUCACAAGUUAAUAAGACGAACCGCCUAACAAACGUUAUAUCGGCAUCUACUGUGUAUCAAGACGGUUCUGCUUCCCUUUCAAACCACAAACGGAAGUUGGCGGAGUCGCUCGAUCACCCGUCUUCACUUAUUGAGGAGUCGGAGAAAUGUUGCAAAACGGAAGAAGACAAUUGGACUUGCUCGAAAGCAGAUGAUGCAGUGGAAAAAUUUCGAAAGUUGAGUGAUGAUAGGAACAUUACUUCUCAAGGUCUACCCGAGUCAUCAUUGAGCACCUCUGUUAAUGAUCAACAAUUAUGGUUACAGAAUCAAAUUAAUGAGAUUCUUCGUGAAAAUAGGAUCAUGCGUCGUGACAUGAAGCGCAUAAAUAAACAGAUGCAACAGCUAGUAAGCCUAAUGUCGGAUAAAUUUGGCAUUGCACUAAAAGAAAUUAUGAGUGCAUCAGAACAUAGCUCUAGUGACAAUAAUUCGCCAUCUUGAUAUGACCAACUAUCUCCAGAAGAUUGUGAAAAUGAUGUUGACCCCUAUUUAAAUGUAGAUAUUCUAAAAUUUACAUUUUUAUUUUGUGGAUAUGCAUCAAAUUAUCGUUGUUA